CUCGUACACCAUAAAGAACCUCACAUAGAUCCUACAAUUUCUUCGUCCUGCCACAUUGACUUAGUAAAUAGUUCGAAGGCGGUGGGGAGUCCACUCAGGGAUGUCGAAAAUCUUGAGCGAAUAAAACACAUAGCUCCUUGCUUUCACCUCAAACAAAAUGAGUCGUGCGCCCGUCCGCCUACCAUCCAACCGCGAGCCUAUUGCUAACUAAAACCGCAGUACAACGGACGCGGGCAAUUUAAAAAAUUCGAACGUCAAAAAAGUUUGUAUUAAAAAAAGAUAAAUAAAUAAAAAAUAAAACCAAAGUGUUAUUCGAAAAUCGAACGUUCAGUGAAAAAUGGAUUGAUUGUUUGAAUCAAGAAAAAGAAAUAAGUUUGAAAAUUAUUAUUUUUGUAAAUUCAUUUUGUUAGUUAUUAAAAUAUUAAUAAAUAUUUAACAAAAAUGAAGAUGGCCGACCGUUGUGUUUUGUCUCUGUUGAUGUUAUGUUUGACUGUUAUAUGCCACAAUGGAGAAGCUGCGGAAAAUGCGAAUGCAGUUGCCAUACCGGAAUACAUACUACCAUGCAGUCAAACGGAUCCUGGACUAGACACUUGUAUCAAGAACUCCUUCAACCACCUUCGACCCUACCUGUCGAGGGGUAUCCCAGAACUGGGCGUACCUCCUGUGGAACCACUCUUCAUCGACCGGCUGGUGAUGGAGAACGAUGCUGGUCCAGUCAGGGUCACUGCUGCAUUCAGCAACAUCACUGUUAUUGGACCUAGUAAUUAUACCAUUACUAAGAUCAGGUCUGACUUGAAGAAACUGCGUAUCGACAUGGGUCUGGUCCUCCCUCGCAUCGAGAUCACUGGCAGAUACGAGGUGUCUGGACAGGUGCUGCUGUUCCCCGUCAGGUCGCAAGGAGACUUCUGGGCAUCAUUCGGUGAUGUAGUGGCGAUCGCAAAGAUCUUCGGCAAGGAGAUAACACGAGACAACGUGAAGUACAUGUUGGCUGACAGACUGCUGGUGGACUUCAAGUUGAGGACUUCGAGGUUCAAGGUGAAGGACACUGUCAACCACGGCAGCGUUAUUGGUGAAGCGAUGAAUCAGUUCUUGAACAACAAUGCGGCUGAGAUCAUCGAGGAGAUGAGGCCAGCUGCCUCAGCGUCCAUAGCUAAACAUUUCCAGGCGUUUGUGAACGCUGCCUUCUCUAAAAUCCCCAUCGAUGUGUGGCUCACACCUUAAACUAGUGACUGCUAAAUAAACAAAGUCAAUGUUCUACUAUUUAGUUCCUGGAUUCUUAUCUUUUCAGUUUGUUAAUUCUUCAAUAGAAUAAUGUUUUUGAGUCAGGUGGCGGUGACCCAAUUCCCCCCGACCUCAAUUAUAUUAUCCUCAAUUAUCCUUCCCUUAAAUCCUUAUCACCAAUCCCGAUCCCCAUCCUCAUCCCCAAAACCAAACAACAAACACCAAACACCAAUCCCCAAUCCCCAAU